AUGUUCUUCUUCUUCACCUGCGGAACACACACCUUCACCUCCCCACUCAAAGGCGCCGAGAGCGUCCGUGUGCAAUGCCAAAACUGCGGCAACUUUGAAACGGCCGUCAUGAAGCGCUGGGAGUGGUUUACGUUCUGCUUUAUUCCCGUUAUCCCCUUCUCACUUAAACCAUACAAGGAGGUCGGCUGCCGCACCUGCCGAUUUUGGCAGGAUAUCAAGUAUCGCCCGGAUGUGCUGCAGCAGAUGGAGCAAGGGCCGGGGCAGGGGGGACCGCCGAUUAUGAUGGGUGGGCAGGGACCGCCUCCACCGCAUGGUGUACCUCAGGGCGUGCCGCAGUAUAAAUAA